CGCUUUGUCCCGAAGUUUGUCCCUCUUGGCGCCCCGUUCUAUUGUUGGCUUCCUCGUUCAUAGCUGUUAGGCGUUCCCUCUUCGGCUUCUGUAGCGCUAAAUGCUGGGGACACGUCAGAUAGUAAAAUAGGGAGCGCACAUUCAGUAUUACUGUGUUAAUAUUAGUACUUUCAUAUAUUUAUGCAAAAACGAAUAAAUCCUUCUGUGUCUGUCUCGGAGAUCAUCCAGUUCUACACAGUCAAUGCAUCAUGGCACUUGCCUACGAAAAUCUGAAAUUACAUAUAACGCCAGAAAAAUUUUAUGUUGAAGCAUGUGAUCCUGGAGUAGAAGAUGUUCUUACUAUAGACAGAGUGUCAACAGAAGUCACACUUUCAGGUAAAAAGGAUAUACCUCCAUCUGCAAUAACAAGAGCUAUAUAUGGAAUUUUAGGUACAAUUCGACUAGUGGCAGGAAUGUAUCUGAUUGUGAUAACCCGAAGGAAGAAAGUAGGAGAUCUCCUUAAUCAUUCUAUUUGGAAAGCAACAGACUUUGACAUAAUUUCUUAUAAAAAGACAAUGUUACAUUUAACUGAUUCACAGCUGCAGGACAACAAGGCUUUCCUUGGGAUGCUCAGUCAUGUCCUGAGUGUGGACGGAUUUUACUUUUCUGUAUCUUAUGACCUUACCCACACACUACAACGGUUAGCAAAUACAAGUCCUGAAUUCCAAGAAAUGAGCCUGCUUGAAAGGGCUGAUCAGAGAUUUGUCUGGAAUGGUAAUCUCUUAAGAGAAUUUUCAGCUCAACCUGAGAUUCAGAAAUUUGCAAUUCCAGUGGUUCAUGGAUUUAUUGCUAUACAUUCUUGUUCCAUAAAUGGAAAAUACUUUGACUGGAUUCUCAUCUCCAGAAGAAGCUGUUUCCGAGCAGGUGUACGGUAUUAUGUAAGAGGUAUUGAUUCAGAGGGGCAUGCUGCAAACUUUGUUGAAACCGAGCAGAUUGUUCAUUACAAUGGUAACAAAGCUUCAUUUGUUCAGACACGUGGAUCUAUUCCAUUUUACUGGUCACAGAGACCAAAUCUCAAAUAUAAACCAAAGCCUCAGAUCAGCAAAGCAGUCAACCAUAUGGAUGGAUUCCAACGGCACUUUGACUCACAGGUCAUAAGUUAUGGGAAGCAAGUUGUGCUAAACUUGGUUAACCAGAAGGGUUCAGAAAAGCCAUUAGAACAAGAGUUUUCACAGAUGGUGUCUGGUCUUGGAAAUGGAAUGGUUAGAUAUAUUGCAUUUGACUUUCAUAAAGAAUGCAGUAGAAUGCGCUGGGAUCGCUUGCAGAUUUUGGUUGAGCAAGUAGCUGAAACUCAAGAUGAAUUUGGAUAUUUUCUGGUAGACACUGAAGGCAAAGUGGUUAGCCAACAGGAUGGAAUUUUCCGCAGUAACUGUAUGGACUGUCUGGAUCGCACAAAUGUAGUGCAGAGUCUUUUGGCCCGACGUUCCCUCCAGUACCAACUUCAGAGGCUUGGUGUACUUCAUGUUGGACAAAGAAUUGAAGAACAAAUUCAGUUUGAAAAGAUCUAUAAAAAUGCUUGGGCUGACAAUGCAAAUGCUUGUGCCAAACAGUAUGCUGGAACUGGUGCUUUAAAGACAGACUUCACAAGGACAGGAAAACGAACCCAGUGGGGACUUUUAAUGGAUGGCUGGAAUUCAUUAAUCCGAUAUUAUAAAAACAAUUUUUCUGAUGGCUUUCGACAAGACUCAAUUGACUUGUUUCUUGGAAAUUACUCUGUUGAAGAAGCCUAUUCUACAAGUCCACUGCAUAUACAGACAGACUGGAAAUUUCUUGCAUUACCUAUUAUUAUGGUGGUUGCCUUUUCCAUGUGCAUUAUCUGUUUACUAAUGGCAGGUGACACUUGGACAGAGACUUUGGCGUAUGUUCUUUUCUGGGGCACUGCAAGUAUUGGAACAGGCGCUAUCAUUAUGUACAAUGGCAAAGAUUUUGUUGAUGCCCCAAAACUGGUACAGAAGGAAAAGAUGGACUGAAUUUGUGUGUGUGGAAAGCAGCUUAGCAGUGACAGUUCGGUAAACCCAGUAUGGAGUCUUUAUUGACCUGCUUUCCACAACACAGUUAUGCUUUCUCCUUACUGCUUUGGUAAUGGACAUGACAUCACCAAUUUAACAUAUACACAUACAUAUACACACAUUUCAUUUAUAUGUAGGCAUGGAAACAUUUUAGGAAUAUUACAUAAUUUGGAAUGGAAAACAGUUUGGUGGUUCUAGAGCUGCAUCUUCUUGCUGGCCAAGAUUGAAAUGACAUCGCAAGUUUCAGGUUUCUCCGGUGUUAUGGGAGAUAAAGGCACAUACUCAAGCACUGAAAAUGCAGCUGUUCUGUUUAAAUUACUUGCCUUUACUAUUUCUAUUAAAAUGUAUCUAUUGAUUUUCUCUUCAAAUGAUAUUAAGGAUGGUUUGAAUGCCCUUUAAACUACAAAAUACUGUUCAUUUUUUUGUUAAUUUCUCGAAUUUAUCAAUUGUUGGCAGUGUAAAUCUCUGUAAUGAAAUAAUAUAUUGCUGCGGCUUUUAAAUGAUUAGAUAAUCUUCAUUAUACAUUCA